AUGUCAGACCCAUCUCUAGACUCAGAUAAGAUUCGCAAUAAGAGACUAGCGAAAUUGCAGCAGUCACAAAUAGCGCAGUCGCAAGAUUCCGAGUCAAUAUCAUCCUCACAAGCGGCAACUCCUCAAGAGAGUGCGCCCGAGACUCCUGCACCGACCGAGUCGCCAAAGCCGUCUAUCAACAUCUCCAAAGCCCCCUCACCUCCACCACCGUCCACUCGAAUAAAAUCAACUUCCGCCAAUGUGACGCCGCUGAAGCGAGAGAUGAACGGUGCAGAGCGACCGAGUUCCCGGCAAAGCGAGAGCUUCGAACAAUGGGAAGACCGUACACUGAGAAGCAUUUUCCGGAUCAGUCUCGAUCCUAGUCAAACGAAAGACGUUCAAGGUCACAGUUUAUUUGUGACCCCGCAACUUAAAGAAGAGCUGGAGUCUGAGGAGAAGCCCGUCCUGUUAAGCAAGGAAUUGCUCGAACAAGCCAUUAUGGAGGCUGGGACCGAUCUAGGGAAACUAAGCCCGCAUGACUGGCUCUUUGGUUGCUGGAAGAGAAUUACCAGACUCAACAAGGCCGUCAAGGAUCGAGCAGGCGACAGCAAGAAAAUGGAGGUUAUUUUGGAGGCCAAGAGAUUAUGUAUGAGCUGGUGUAUAUUAUCCGUCACCACUCCUGAUGUCUUUGGGGCCGACUAUGAGGGCGUUUCCGCUCUGGCAGAUCAUCUCCUCGCGGACCCUGAUGAAGACGGUGGAGUCUGUCAUGAUUUCUUAACAGAGGUCGUGACGAGGUUUGAUGAAGAUGAGACGAUCAAGGAUGCCUUUGUCGGUGCUGUGGAAAAUCUCAGUCGACGACUGGCCAAAAUGACCAUGGACAGCGACUAUCGACGAUACACGGCAAUGUUGCGCCACUUGAUCCGAUACAAGCCCAUGGCUAUCGCUAUUACCGAAUCCUCCAUGUUCGUGGACAAGUCAGUUCCGGCAGCGCAACUAGAGACCAGCACCUUGCUCGGCCCCUAUUUCCAAAUAUCACCCCUGCAGGCUGAUGUGACCAGGCAAUAUUUUUCGGGACCCAAGACGAUGGAUCCCGGGAGGAUCAGAAAUGCUCAGCAAUCUCUCCAGAUGUCUCUGAGGUCCCAUCAAACCGAACUUUUUGACAUUAUCAACACCCUGGUACGAUCGUCCUCGGAUGCUCGAGAACGAGUUCUCGAUUGGUUUGCCUUGGCAGUAAACUCCAACCAUAAGCGCAGAGCUAUGCGUGUCGACAGGGCGGCGGUAUCAAGUGAUGGAUUCAUGAUCAACGUCAACACAUGCUUGGAUCAACUGUGUGAACCUUUUCUAGACGCUCAAUUUUCCAAAAUGGAUCGUGUCGACAUUGACUAUCUGAGAAGACAUCCUCGAGUGGAUAUCAAGGACGAAACCAAGAUCAACGCCGACCAAGAUCAAUCCGAUAAUUUCUACACGAACCAGCUCGAAGGGACUAAUAACUUCAUUUCCGAGUUGUUCUUUUUGACUGUCGCUGCUCAUCACUACGGCAGUGAGGCCGCCCGCAAUAUGCUGAAGGAGAUGGAUCGGGAAUUGAAGCAUAUGGCCAAGCAGAUUGAACAGUUCGAGACGGAAAGACACAAAUACGUCAACAACCCGGUACAGCUACAGAUUUUUGAAAAUGCACUGAAGAGGUACAAAGAUGCACACGAUAAGAGUUUGUCCUACAAAUACGCCGUCCAAGGAGUGUUACUUGACGACCUUGCUCAGACUCGCUCAAUGCAGUUUAUGCGAUUUGUGACCGUCUGGCUCCUCCGUCAAGUUUCUCCCCGUCGCCAAUUCCCCAAAGAAAAGUUGACUCUUCCUCUACCUUCUGAACAACCCGAAGCGUUCAAGAAUCUUCCGGAAUAUUUCUUGGAUGUUAUCAGCGGAAACUUCGGAUUCAUCAUGUACAACAUGCCACAAGUCAUUUCAUCAACCCAAUCUGAUGAGUUGAUCAUGCUUUGCAUCACUUUCCUACGAAAUUCUGAAUACAUCAAAAAUCCCUACUUGAAGGCCUCUUUGGUAACGAUUCUCUUCCGAGGAACAUGGUCAUGGCGUCAAGGUGGCAGGGGAAUCCUAGCGGAUCAAUAUAAUAGCAUGCCUUUUGCGACGGAUCACUUAUUACAUUCUUUGAUGAAGUUUUUCAUCGAGGCGGAGUUCAUGGGUGGUCACGGACAAUUCUUCGACAAGUUCAACGUCCGUUUCGAGAUUUUUCAGAUCAUCAAGUGCAUCUGGUCCAAUACGGUCUACAGGGAUCAUCUCCUCAGGGAGGCAAAAGUCAACAUGGAGUUCUUUGUCAGGUUUGUGAACUUGUUGUUGAACGACGUCACCUUCGUUCUGGACGAGUCAUUCACGGCAUUCCACAAGAUACACGAUAUUUCCAAGGAACUCUCUCUGGCAGGUACAACCUUGAAUGAGCAGCAACGACAAGAGAAAGAAGAGGCAUUAGAGGAGGCGAAAGGCCGAGCCAAAUCCUACAUGCAAUUGACGAAUGAGACAGUUGGUAUGUUGAAGCUGUUCACCGAGGCUUUAGCAGACGCUUUCACAAUGCCUGAAAUUGUUCAGCGAUUGGCAGACAUGCUGGACUACAAUCUCGAUGCUAUGGUCCCCCCCAAGAGCACUUCCCUCAAAGUUGAUAAUCUUCAAGAGUACAACUUCAACCCGAGGGCGUUGCUGAGCGAGAUUGUCGACGUAUACCUCAAUCUCAGCGAGAAAGAAAACUUCAUCCUCGCCGUGGCCCGAGACGGCAGGUCUUACAAGCCGGAAAACUUCGCAGCCGCAGGCAACAUUCUGCGAAAAUUUGUCUUGAAAGCACCCGAAGAGUUGAAGAAAUGGGAUCGACUCAUCGAGAAGUUUGCCAAGGCGAAGCAAGAGGACGAGGCCGCAGAUGCAGAUCUUGGCGAAAUUCCCGACGAAUUCCUGGAUCCUUUGAUGUUCACGCUCAUGGAAGACCCAGUGAGAUUGCCUGUGAGUCGGAUUGUACUUGAUCGCAGCACUAUCAGAAGUCACUUAUUGAGUGAUCCACACGAUCCCUUCAAUCGAGUUCCUCUGAAGAUCGAAGACGUGAUUCCUGCAACCGACAUCAAGGAACAGAUCGAAAAGUUCAAAGAGGAAAAGAUUGGAAGCCGCCGAAAGGAUUUUGUGGAGACCGUCAAGACGGAAAAGGGUGGCAAUGCCGACGGCGAGGCCAUGGAUGUUGAUCAGUAA